UUUCUCUCUCUCUCUCGCAGAAAGGAGCGGAGCUCUUCAAUAUGUGUUCCUGCUCUAGCGAUGUGUUGUUUUUUUUUUCGCUGCUGCCUGCUGCUCCGUUAGCGCUGACAACGCUGAAUAGAGACGGAACAGUGCACACUUGUUUGUGUAUGGGUGUGUGCGUCGGUUUUUGGUUGAUGAUGUCGAUAAAAAAAAAGUUUUCAUUCCCGGAGACACACAUAAUACCCCCGUUAGUGGCCCCCGUCGCAGACUGAGCAGUGUUUGACAGUGAAGCGGGUUGCGCAGAGCUUCAGCAGCAGCAGCUCCGGCUCCGGCAGCAGCAUCAACAUCAGCAACUAAGGAAGCAACAACAGCAGCAGGCGGUGCAAUUGAAAUAAAUGUGCCGCAGAAGAAGCGUUAAAAUAAAUCUCUGUACCGCGACGAAGUGUGUGCAAGUGUUGCAGUUUUAUAAAAAAAAAAUCCCUUCCGCGCGCGCCUAACUACUCCCAAUCAUUCAUAAUUACCAGUGAAAGUGUGAUUAGCAAGUAAAUGCAAGUUGCAAAACCGUGUGUGCAGUGAAUAAUAAAGAAGCGAAUUUUGUGAGUGAAUUUUCUUUUCCCGCGCGUAUACGUGGUACGUUUUUUUUUAUUUGGAAGAGCCUUGGCGAAGAGGAGCCGUAGGGGGAGCAAAAGAGAAGAGAGAAACGAAGAAGGUUUGCUUUCGGCAAAUACAAAAAGUGCAUCGCCGGUGUUGCAGUUAGCCGAUUGUUUUUUUUUUCGGUCCCAUUAUUUUGCCUUUUUUUGUUUUCUUUCCAAUCGCCGUGAGAAAAUGCGCGCGCGCUCGCGUUUGUGUGGUUGCAUUUACUGAUUGUGUGCACCGUGCACGUUCGUCGUGUGUGUUUUUGGAAGUGAGAGUGCGUGUGUGUGAGUGAAAAAGAAGAAGAAAAAGCAUCAGCAACGUGGUGUGUGCAGUGUUUGAGGAGCAUAGCUCGAAGAAAGUCAUCGUUUCAUCCCUUCAUCACUUCCCUACCCUGAGAGAGUGUGUGGUGUGGGGUGGUUGUUCUGUUGCGCAUCUUUCUUUAAGAAUCGCAACCAUUUCCCGGGAGAAGAAGAACGUUGCUAGUAGAAGUGAGAGUGAGGCGUAUUUCAUAAACAAUAACACACACCCGCUUACUGUUUGAUAAAAUCGUGUAUAUUUCCGCCGAAAAGUCUACCCAGGAGUGCGUACCAAUGAAAACACUCAAAGUGUUACGGGUCAACUUGAAAUCGGCCAUUUUUACUAAAGGAACAAUUAUAGUCGCCACCAACACAACUAGUAAUAGUCAGCGGCGACACACACAAUCGUAGAUUCGAUUGUAGUGAUUUAUUAGUUUUAUUCAAUUAUUUUAUAGACAGAUGAUCUCUCUCUCUCUCGUCGGUUACAGUGAAGAUUUCCACCGGUCGCAGUGAAUGUGUUUGGUUGGCCGCUUAAUAAUUACUACUAACGCGCAACAAUCGUGUUUGUCAUAAGGACACAAGCACACACAGCCACAGCAUACGCAAAUACACCAUCCAGUGUAUCUGUUAUCCCGGUGUCUUUUUCCGCGUGGUGUACUUCACGGCGGGAAAAUAACAGCCCCGAGGCUCACGAGCCUCGCUAGAAAACUUUCCCAGUUUUUAACCCUCCCCUUUUUGGGUGGGACCGGCAGCGCCGGACCUCUCCCUUUUUUCCGGGUAGCUACCCGUGAUCUUUUUCCGUUUGGCGCGGCAGUUCCGGCACCUGCAGGUGUUGGAACUUAAAAGGCGCCAUCAUUCCUUCCACAAUAGGGUCGUCACACCUCACCAACCUGUCUGGCCCUGCUGCUACUCAUAGUAGCAGGGGCAGCACAGGUCAUCUUCCUCCACCCCCGGGGUCGCACCUUCAGCAACUCCACGGGUCUGGAGUCCUUACGGAUCAUACGAAAUUACAGUAUUUGGGCAACAUGCAGGUGCAUCCCGCACACAGUGGCAGCGGAGGACAUCAUCCGCCUCCACCGCCCACCCAGGGACCGCCCCAGUCCGCCCAUCCACCACCACCGCAACCGAUCCCGAUCGUGAAGCCGGAGUUUAAGGUGCCACCGAUACCGGCCCACCUCAUGGAUGUGCGCGGUCCGGACGGGUCGCUUGUAAAGAUCAACAUGCCGGAACAUCACGAUUCGAGCAAACCGCCGAACAAUGUCGAAAUGUUGAAGGUGAACAUUGAGGAUCUCAGCCAGUUUCUAUCGUACCACGAGGUCUUCGGGAAGCUGCCCUCCGACAUGCUGACGGGCCCGUCCGCUAGCUUAGUGCCAUCGUCCUCUACCAACACCGCAACGACCAGUGCGCAUAGCAAUGGUAAAUCAGUAAAUCACAUCCGUCAGCAUACGGGCGAAUCUCCAUUCAAGUGUAGCUACUGUGCGAAAAGCUUCACCCGUAAGGAACACCUGACUAACCACGUUCGCCAGCAUACCGGUGAAUCGCCUUACCGAUGUCCGUACUGCGGUAAAACGUUCACCCGAAAGGAA